AUGCCGUCGAUGAAAUCCCGCCGCGGCGGCGGUAGUGAUCGCGGGGGCAUUCGCAAGCGGGGUCCCACUCGCACCGACAGAGAUGGCGAUAUGGAUAUGGAUGCAGGUGGCUCUCGGGCCAAGGGAUCACGUCCUGAGUCGAGCCGCUCUGGCGCUGGUGGCGUUCGCCCUCCAGCUCCACGCUCCGGAGGUACCACUGCAGGUGGCCGAGGUUCUGGCCGAACUGGUCGAGGUGGCCGAGUUCAGUCGCGUGACAAGACCAUGGAUGCGAUUCAGCGUGCGAUCGCCAGUACCGAAUCGCAGGCCACUAUCCGACAGAAUCGCCAAAACGACAACAACAACCGCAAGCGCGAAUCGGUUCCAUUCAGCGUCCGUGGAUGGAAACAGAGCAAGGUAGCUUCCGACAAGGACGGCGGCGUCGGGAGCGUUAUCUCAUUCCUUGAACGGCGUCUCAACUCCCUCACCAAGACUGGUCCUCGCGCAAGAAUUACAAAGUCGCGCGUGGAAGGCGACACAGUUGUGGCAUUUGUUCAUCCUGAUCUUGUCGACACAAUGCUCCGAAUCAACAACAACACCUUUGCUGGAAUCAAUAUCAGCGUUGAGCCGUACGACCCCAACACUAUGAUCGAUCAUGAAAUCGCCGCAGUGGAAACUGGUCCUGGCUCGACUGCCGAUACCAAGGCAAAGAUGACUACCAUCCUUAGCAAGCGAUUCUACCCCGAUACCAAGCUUCUCGAUAUGUCGAAGCUGGCCAGCGACCCCGACCUGCAGGCCAUGGGAAUUUUCAACACCACUUCUACCGAGUCCAAGUUCUUCCCUGCUCUUAUGAAGGUGUGGGACAUGGGUUUCAAGAGCCCUUCUGAGAGACGAGCUGCAGUUGAAAGCGCCAGCCUUGCAGACAAUCAGCUGAACAACAUCACUGUUGUUACAACCCUCGCCCAGGCUGUUCCCGAUAUCAAGAACCUGGAUCUUUCCAACAACAACUUGAAAGAUGCCCAAUCAAUGAUUGGAUGGCGGUGGAAAUUCCGCAGCCUCGAAUUUCUAGAUAUGACCGGCAAUCCUUUUUGUGCCGAUCCCGAAUUCAAGGACACUAUGCUCAAAUGGUACCCCAGGCUACAAAAGCUCAAUAACGUUCAGGUCCGCACUCCCGAGGAGGUCGCUGCUCAAAAGAAGACACCUAUUCCGGUUCGCCCUCCACACUUCCUAGAUGAAUCGCAAAUCGGAGAGACCUUCGUCCGUGGGUUCUUUACUGGCUACGAUAAUGACCGCAACACGGUGAUCAACAAUGUCUACGACGAGAACUCGGUCUUCUCACUCAACAUCAACACCUCAGCCCCCAGAGCUCCCAACAGCGAAACAGCAGCCUGGGAUGAAUAUAUCAAAAAGAGUCGCAAUCUGCAAAAGAUCAACCACCUUAGCGCUCGCAUGUCGCGCUCGUUCAAGGGUGCUGAGAAGAUUCGCGAAGUUUGGAAUGCACUCCCUCCCACUCGCCACCCCGACAUGACCGUUUUCCCUGAGAAAUGGCUCAUUGAGUGCAACCCAGUUCCCGGCCUGCCUGAUCCCACUGGACAGAGCCCCACCGGAGUGGGUGGCCUUCUCCUGACGAUCCACGGACACCUCGAAGAGAGCGUUGGUGGAAAGGUCGAGAUGCGCAGCUUCGAUCGGACCUUCGUCAUUGGCCCUGGUGUGGUUCCUGGAGCUAUACGAGUGGUCAGCGACAUGUUCUGCCUUCGCGCCUACGGUGGACACGAGGCCUGGAUCCCCGAAACCCCGGAAAUUCCUCAACCUAUUGCUCCCCCUGCUCCGGGUCCUGUCCCAGACGCUCCAGGAGCAGCUCCUGGUGGUGAGCAUGCUCAGCGCGAACAGUUGAUUGCGCAGAUGAGUGCCAAAUCUGGCAUGACCCCUCAGUUCUCGGAGAUGGCCUUGUCGAGCAAUAACUGGAACCCCGAGCUUGCGUGGAAGAAUUUCGAGCAGCUAAAGGCGCAAAACCAGUUGCCACCAACUGCAUUCCUUGCUCCUGCGUGA